CUCAGUACUGAGAGUCUGAGCGUGACCUCUAUAGCGGUUGAAAACAUAGCGGAUCCUCGGCUCGAUCAGUGGGGUGUUUGUUUAGGUCUUCAUUUUAUCUGUCAACACAGUAGCGUUACUCUGAAAUAACAGCACCGCGAGACAGGCUUAUGUGCUCCGUGCCGCUGGAUCUCCGCUCAGGGGUCCUCAGAGAGUCAGAGACAGCACUGCAGCAUCAGUAUGGGUGUGAUCAGUGUGCAGCUGGUGGUUACCAUGGUAAUGGCCAGCGUGAUUCAGAAGAUCAUACCCCACUACUCUUUUGCACGAUGGCUCCUCUGCAGUGGCAGUUUGCGCUGGUACCAGCACCCCACAGAAGAUGAGCUGAGGACUUUAGCUGGAAAACAGCAGAAAGGAGGCAAGAGCAAGAAGGACAGGAAGUACAAUGGGCACUUGGAGAACAAGCCGAUGACUAUUCCCAAAGACAUCGACCUUCAGCUGGAGACUAAAUGCAUCGCAGAAGUGGACACACUCGCUCUGCAUUAUUUUCCUGAGUUCCAGUGGCUGGUGGACUUCACGGUGGCUGCCACUGUGGUGUAUCUCAUCACCGAGCUCUACUUCUGUGUGGCAGAGCCAAGUGGAGAGAUGAACAUCAGUGUGGUGUGGAGCCUGCUGGUCUUGGCCUUUGUCAUGAAGAUCCUUUUCUCCCUCACGGCUCACUACUUCAGACUAGAGGAGGGCGGUGAGCGUUCCCUCUGUAUCACCUUCGCCGCCUUCUUCUUUGUGAAAGCUAUGGCUAUUCUUAUUGUCACAGAGAACUACCUGGAAUUUGGCCUUGAGACAGGCUUUGCCAAUUUUUCUGAAAGUGCCGUGCAGUUUCUGGAGAACCAAGGCCUCGAGUCUCAGGGCCCUAUAUCCAAGCUGACCUUUAAACUGAUCCUGGCUCUGCUCUGCGCUCUCAUUGGAGCCUUUCUCACCUUCCCUGGCCUGCGAUUGGCCCAGAUGCAUAUUGAUGCCCUCACAAUAAACAACUGCAAAGUCACACAGACCUUGCUACAUAUCAACUUCUUGGCCCCCUUAAUCAUGGUACUGCUAUGGGUGAAGCCCAUAACAAAGGAUUACAUAAUAAAUCCCACAUUUGGGAAAGAUAGUGUGCCUUUGAUGUCUGAGAAGACAUACGACACAUUGCGUCUGUGGGUGAUCCUGCUUCUGUGUGUGUUGAGACUCGCCAUGAUGCGGCAUCAUCUCCAGGCCUACCUUAACCUGGCCCAGAAGGGCGUCUUGCAGAUGAAGAAGGAAGCGGGACGCAUUAGUACAGUGGACCUCCAAAAGAUGGUCGCCCGAGUCUUUUACUACCUGUGUGUAAUAGCUCUUCAGUACGUUGCACCUCUGGUGAUGCUGUUGCACACUACUUUGCUGCUAAAGACUUUAGGUGGAUACUCGUGGGUGAUUUACCCUGAAGAGAAUUUGCCGUGUCUGUCAAAUGAGGACUCGAGCCCUGCGGAGGUGGGGCAAGACAUAAUGCAGGCCUCUCAAAGUGUGGCCCAGCUGUCGAUGGCUCUCGGGGGGCUGAGGACGGUUUUCUCCCCCUUGCUUUUUCGAGGGCUCCUGUCCUUCUUCACUUGGUGGAUUGCUGCGUGCCUGUUCUCCACCUCUCUCUUCGGCCUCUUCUACCACCAGUAUCUGAUGGCUGCAUAGCAUCGUGAAGGGCUUGUUCGACUGAACUGUGCGACACGAGGCCCUGGAACGUUCCCCUUUUUCUCCAACCAUAUCAGCUGGGUUCCUCCGUGGACACGUUAUUUUAACCUAGCCAAUACACAAACAGCGACGGUAACAAUUCAAUCAUUGUGACAUUCAAAAGCAUCAACGGACAGAGGAUGGCGUCUGCAAGAGACCUCAGAAUAAUGCUGAUUUUAAAGGGGAUGGCGUCUUUGAACCACCAGAAGGUUGAAAGCGAGGGAUCACUCAUGGUCGUUGACAUUCUGCUUUUUUGUUUUUUUCUUCAGAGUUUAAAUGAUGCUAAUGAAUGACUGUUUUUAAAUAGUGUUUUAAAGUUGUUUCACUUCUCCAAAGUAGAAAGGGGCUUCUGCUUUAGGGGAGGUUUUCAUUGCUGAUCCGUGAAGGAAGAGGAGAAAUGUUUUAGUAAAGCUUGGAGAGUGUAGUGAGGGGACUGAUCAAGGAGAACAGUGUGUGUUGAAGGUAUAUUUAUUUGUCCAUUUCAGAGGGACUGAAGUCAGCCUUCUCACGUUUGACUGUAGAAGACUGAGAGAUAAUUUAAGUGUGCGUGCGUGUGUGAGAGUGUUAACAUCAGUGCCUGCAGGCUCCCAGUGACCCCUGCUGCUGGUGAGUAAAUCUAAAAAGGGCAUUUUGAUCAAGUAUAAAAGCGAACUCAAAAAACUCCGCUCUUCUGAUACCCUUCCCUGUCAUUUAACCGGUCGGAUGUUUCACUUUGAAUUUGGGUCCAGUGACAUCAAACGCGUCCUGUAAGCGUGCUCCGUGUUUCUGUAUGGAGUCUAUUGAUUUUCUGUAAUGCAUCAAAGAACAGGAUUGGAUUUGUUUCAUGUGAAGGUGCCAAGUAUGCUUGUACUCUCCUGUGAGUGUGUACAGUACUUCCUGGUGGAAAUCAGAAGCACACAUGCUGAGGUACAGUACGAGCCGAAGCAGAACAUGCAGCUCGAUCACAAAGAAACGUCUACGAGGUCCACUUUAAUAUUGUGAGUUUUUUGGCACUACAACUACAAAAAAAAAAAUCUACACGGGCA